AUGGGCCCACGCUAUGUCCGCUAUGGCUGGCUGCCCAGCGUCAGGUCCUCCAUUUGGGCAGCCGGAGGCAGCUCGGUGGGUGAUGUUCUCUUCAGCCGGGGCCCCCGGGGGGUAAGUGGAAGGUGCCCCAUCCCUCGUCGCAGCGGGUCCUUGGGACACGUUGCGGGAUUCGAGGUGGUGCCACUGGUCCCAGUUGAUGAGGAAACCGGUUUCCAUGAAGGCACGUGGACCGACAGUGGAAAGUGCUGCAAAAAGGCAGUGCUGGGAGCAUUGGCUGUGGCAGCUCUGGGGCUUUUCGGGCUUUGUGUCGGGCAUGUUGCGUACGCCAAGCCGAUUGCCCUGAAUGAGUUGGCUCAGCCGAGUGUCACGAGUGACUUGGGAGCUGCGGGCAUCAAGCAGGACGUUGGAACUUUCGGCGAUGACAUCCUGGAAGACGACUGGCCGGUUCUGAAGAAGGAGAUCAAGAGUGAGCAAUACAACCCCGCGGGCUGCUUCGCCAAGUUGAGCUUUGCCUCUGCCUGGAGUGCCUCGCUCGGGUUGAAGUUGAUGGCCGCAACCAAGGAGUGCAACCCACGAAGUUACCGCAAUGAUCCAACGCCCUUCCGGCGGCUACACGAAGUACACCAAGUGCCAGGCUUGCCGCAGGAGGCGGUGCAUUACCCCACAUCUCCAUGGGCCCAGCCAGCUGGCUCAAACUGCCGAGUCUCGGGUGAUAGGAAUGGUGGUAUGGACGGGUCUCCGGUUGCGCUUCUUUCUAUUCAGCUCUGCUGGUUUGCUGGGCCGCAAGAUUUGUGGUAUAAGGAAUCGGUUGGCCCGGUCGUGAAAGAUGGUGAGAAAGACACUGACAUCGAUAUCGACGGCCUGGCGGCUGAAUCGGCCUACAACUUGACCGAGGGCCUGUUACGACUGAAGACUCGCUUUGCCUUCGGCAAUCGUUGGACCAUGGAGGGUUGGCACUACAUGAAGGACGGCAGCAUUUGCCCUAAUUUGCCCAGCGUUGUCCUUUCGGCGGCAAAUCUGCAUGAUGGGGUGGAGGCACAAGGCACAAGGAUUCCAUUGAAAGACGCGGGUGCCAAAUUGGAGCACCACACUGGUUGCGUGUGGGACACCCGGCGCAAUGAGAGUGCUCCAGGCCUCCGGCUGUGCUUCACAGGAAACGGCCUUCUUGCCAUCGAUGCUAGGUCCUGCGAGGUGUUGUCGCAUGUUGAUGUCUUCGCGCCGCACUCGCUUGGGAAAACCUCUUCUGUGAUUGUUUCUGACGUGGCAGCGCCCUUGUCCACAUGGGUUCACUUGGCCGUGCAACGAAGUGGCAAAGAUUUGGAAUUCUUCAUGGACGGAAAACUUGGUGGCAGGGCAGCUGUUCCGGCAGAGCUAACGGAUGAAGUGCUUCCCCAAAGUCGCAUCACGUUGGGUGGCUCGGUGGAUGGAGACCCACAUCGCAAGCUCAAGGGCAUGGUGAGCAACAUGCGCCUUACAAGUGAUGCUCUCUACAACAAGUCUAAACAGUUUGACAUUGAUCCCAAUCUUGACCAGCUGUUGAAGACACGAUUUCUCCUCAAGAGCCAUUUCAUGGAUGCAGUUUCAGGGCGGAGGAUGAGGAAAAGUGGAAAUGUCACCACCAGGUAUGAUGCGGAGAUUCUCAUGGAUACGUGGAAAGCAGAGGGCCUCAUCGACGACGAUCACAACUUCACGCCUCCAAUGAACAUGACGAGGGUAGAAGUGCUGCGUCGUUUGUUUCCUUUCGAAGAUCCCAUCUUUAAGACGGAAUUCUUGGGAGCUUUCUGCGCCAGGGUGGUUCUGCAGAUUCUCAAGGAGAUCACAACUAUCGAGGACCGGUUGAUGGAUGCAGUUCCACUUUGUGAUGAAACGGCCACCAGCCCGCAGUGCUACAAGGCGGUCAGCUAUGCCUUCCGACAAGCUGUCAGCAUUGGCCGGUAUGGGGCGGAGUUACAGCCUCGAUGCGUGCAAACCGUGAAUGAAGACUUCCGCGGGGACUUCAGGUGCAGCGAGCGGCUUGAAGGUCUUUCCUGGGCUUUGGACGGCUUCGCUUCACAAGUUGCGAAGGCCCGUCGCAUUUGCCAUGACAAUGACUUGAGCAGUCCCCUGUUGGACUUAGGAGCCUGUGUCGGCGAGUCCUUAUCAGCCACUGGUUACAUGUUUUCGGCCGCUCUUCUCUUGGAAUCUGCCUUGGGCUUCGAUUGUCCAAAUCCAGAAUUUGAUGAGGAGAGGCCUCUGACCGAGACGCUCCAACUCACUUGCGCGAGAGAUUCGACCGCCAUUUUUCGGACCACUUUCUUGGCAGGUUCAAAGGCAGUCAGGGCCGCAGGCCAUUGCGGCGGCACAGACACCCUCUGUGGUAGAAGCAUCCUUCGCAGUGCUGCUGCCCUCUCUGGGGUGGGAGAAACUGGAGUUUUCUUGCGAGUCUUUUGCCACGGAGCGACCCCUUGCUGCCAAAAGAAUCCUGACACCGACGAAAUCGAGUGCGAAUGCGAACCCAAGGAUAUCAUUGAGAACAAACGAGAUGACAAGGAUGAUCAGAAGCAAUGUGCCAGGUUCGGGGGUUCCACGGUGAAGCUCUUGGGCUCUGCUGCCCUGGCUGCAACUGAGGCAGAAGGCCAAUGCAAAUUCUCCAAGACAGCAGAAAGCACCUGCCAGACCACGGUGCCAGCGGCCAUUGCAGGCCUGGGCUUUUUCAUUGAGAAUGCGGCCAGAGCAAGCAGGGACUGUCCUCCAAGCGCGUUUCCACUCGAUCCUGAGGCAGUGCGUGCGAAGUUGUUGUGGGCGCUGUUUGGGGAGAGAAGGAUAGACGACUUCAUUCUCGGCUGGGCUGACCCCAGAGAUUUCUAUCACCCCUUUGAGAACUUGAUGGCUGGAGAAGGUGACCUCAAGCGGAAUCCUGCUGCCAUUGGCCUGGCUGUGAAGCACUGUGGCCUCCGGCCUUCCUUGGCCAUGUUUGAGCAAGCUGCACAUCAGUUCUUUGCACUUGCCUUGCCCAGAGGUGAUGAUGGGGACUCCGACUCCAGUGGGUCUGAGUCGUCAGACUCUGAAAGUGAAGAUGAGACAUUGCAUUCCGUGACCAAUCCAUCUGAUGUUUCUGAACGUCCUGGAGAACCAGCAGCAGAGCCAUCGGGUUGCUCUGUCCCAGACAUGGGUCAUGUUCAGAAGGUGGCUGAACAGGAUCCAGGCUGUGACCGUGGCAUGAAGCUGGAUGUGGAUCAGCUUCGUUCCCAGGCCACCCCACAGAAGACUUGUAUUCCAGCCCCUUCUCCAAGCCUGGAUGGACAGACAGAAGGUAAGCAGUUGCUGGCGCUGGAGCUUGAAGAGUUGGAACUGCUUUUGUUGCUGAAGCAGCGGGCUGGAUGUAAACGGAAGGAUGACGAUGAGCGCCCGGAUAACCUGGAGACUUUGGACAUGGAGUUCUCUGAUGAUGCGAUCUUUGUCCACGGUGACAUCAAUGUGGAUGCAUUGCCUGAAGUGGAACCUGAUUCGUGUACCAGGGUUUGGGCUCAGAUGGUUCGUGAAGCAGAUGAACGCGAGGCCCGUGAGGAGUUGGAAGCCAUGCCAGCCAUGGCCACAUGCCAGGUGGAACCUGUUCUUGAGGAACAUGUGAAAAUGGUGGGCCAUGCUUGUGCGGAUGGCAGUGUUGAACAGGGCAAUGACAUGGGCGAUGACUGUAGUGACAUCACCCCAACCGAACCAGAAGAAUCGGGAAGUGAAGAUGGAGAUCACCCUGAUUGCCCAAUGGUCAACUCUGCCCCUGUUGUACCUGAUGUCGCAGUGCCAACUUGUGCACCAGCUUCUGUGGGUUCCAAGCACAGCAUGGACAAGACAGCUGAGAUGCCUCCACCUUUGUGCGCAGCUUUGAUCGCAGAAGCUGCUAACCUUGGAGCUCCUCCCCAGAAACCCCGUGGACGCAAGCCCAAAGCCAAGGCUGAGGGAGCCAAGGCUAAGUCAGCAAAGCGAGUCAUGACAGAUGAGGAAAAAAGGUUGAAGUCCAAAAAGGACACUGCAUGGCACAAAGCCCGCAGAGCAGCAAGGUUUGCCAUGCUGACAAGCAUGCCUGCACCCGAGAAGCUGGAUUCCGAGCCAGAGUGGCCCGAUGCGAAAAAACAACGGGUUGCCAAAUCUGCCCCAGAAUCAAGUGCAGAAGUACUUGCCAUGAGUUGGCUGGUGGACGCCAUGGCUGCUGGUGCCACCCUCCCCUUGCGCUUGAAUGUUGGCGUUGUGGGCAUGCUUGAUGCUAGCCCCUGGAUGUAUGGCCCUGAUAGGGGCAGACUGCAGCUGGUUUUGCUUUGCAUAGCAAUCCUGGCGGCCCAUGCUGUCUUCGUGGUUGAACAGCCACGACAAACGCCGGGCCUCUUUAUUCUGAUGUUUUCGCGUGCUUGGGUGAUGUGGGUCAUGUGGGUUCUGCAUGGUGAGGUUGCUCCUCCUGAGCCUGCUUGUGCAGAGAUGGCCCAUGUGUUGCAUGAUGGAAGCCCUGCUGUAGAUGAACGACCUCCACCAGGAGAUGGCGAUGAUUAUGCUCCUAGUCCCAGCCUGACUGCAGAAGAUGAUGCUGCAGAGCAGAGGGAACGUGCAGAACUGGUUGAAUCACUUCAAGCUAUGUAUGAUUCCAAAGUGCACACGACUGACAAGACUGAGCAUGAUGUACCUCCUACAAUUGCUGUCUCCCCCACUGUCCCAGCAACUUUGGAACUGGCAGCUCCAGUUUCUAGUGAGACUGGCGUGGAACGAACCCUGCUGAAUGGUGAAAGUGGGACGCUUGGUGGUGCGGAACCUCCAAGUUCCACACUGCCUGUUGGCAUGAACACUGUGGAAGGGGAUGGGGAAAACCAUGUCCCCACUGGCAGCGAAAGUGACCCCCAAAAACUGAAGCCAUCAGCUGGCGUUCAUGCAGUGUUGCGUGCCAGCAAACAGAAAAAGCAAGAUACUGCGACUGUGCUCCAGAGUGCUUUGCUAGCUCUCGGACCCCCUGGUCAGAUUCCCCCUGACCAGUUGAUGAAAGAACUUGCCAACCUGCAUGCACAAGUGCAUGCCGGCUAUACGCCUGAACCAGCAGAUUCAAUGAAAAGACCUGCUGAUGCUAUUAGCACACCACCUGAAGCCAAGACUGCGCCACCCGCGAAAGAGAUGCCCCAGACCCAGAGACCUCCCCGUCCACUGGCCAUUGCCCCAGUUGUUGCCAAGGCUGCACCUCUGCCAUGUGUGCCUGUGGCCUCACUGCCCCCACCUGCAAAAACACCACCAACUACACCGAACACAGCAGCAGCAGCGCCCACACAGACACCACCACUUGCCACAAACACAGCAGCAGCACCACCUGCAAAGGCAGCAACACCACCCGUAGCUUCACCGGCCCCACCUGCACAAACACCAGCCGCGCCAAGCACAGCAGUACCUUCUGCCCCGCCACCAGCCCCAGCACUUGCCCUUGUUGAAGCUGGUGAUGUGGCAAAGCAACUCGAGGAACUUAGGCAGGGCAAGAAGCCUGGUGAAUAUGACAGGGUGGAUCACCAGAUUCGACGCAUGGUGAUGGCCAAUGGUGCGCAAGAGCUGGUCGAUGGUUGGAAGAACCGUGACACACGAGCGAAAAUGAAGGAAACUUUCCUCAAGACUGUGUCCUUUGAUGAGGUUGAGGCCACAGUCAGGGAAAUAAGGUCUAGAAAGGUGACGGACACAGAUACGGAGAAGCCGGUGACAAAGAAGAUGCUGAAAGAACAGUACUUUUGGGAUGAUCAAAUGAUCGAAACGGCGUGGAAGUGGGCUGCGGAGAAAGGCAAGCUGGAGAAAAAUGAGGUUAACGGAGCAGAGUAUGCGAAUUUGGAAGUGGACAAAGUGAGAACCAAGAGAAACGAGUCUUCGUCCAGCCUGGCCUUGAGCGCUCGUGCUGUUUUUGAGGACCCCAAUGGCAGCAUCCUGGACAUGGAUGUUGAUGCGGGUCCGGCUCGAGGAAAGGACCACUGGAACGAGCUGGCUGCUGGCAUUGGCCAGCCCUUGGAAGAGCUGAAAGCAUGGAAUGCCAAGUUGAUUAGUGUGCAAGCAGCAGCCAUGGUGAAGUCACCUGACAGGUCUGCCAAAGAUGAGUUGGUGAAGGCAUUCAUCGAGAUAACGAAGAACGACACAAUCAUGAACAAUUGGUCGUGCAAGCCUCCUUUGACUGAGGAGGAGAGGGCUGCCCGGAAAGCUGCCCAGAAAAAACGCAAGGACAAGACAGGUGUCAACUUGGUCGGUGAAUCUACUGGUGCCGUGCCAGUUGGACACAAAGGUGAUGAUGAUGCAACCACUGGUGCACAUGUUGACUUUGAAGAAGAACUUCUUGAAGAGUUGCUGCAACACUUUGAAACAGAUCGGCUCGUGGCAAAACCCGAAGCAUUGGUCAAGAAACCUUCACAGUUUGAUUUGCCGAUGGAAUUUGUCACUGCCAAUCAGUGUGAGCAGUGUUCCAUGUCCUUGUACCUCGCUGCUGUUUUUCCAGGGGAAAGGUAUGCAGUAGGCCCUGAUGGAGUUGAAACACUCCAAGCUCUUCAUGAAGAAGUGGCAAAGGACUUGAUGGACUUGUACCUGAACGGUUUUGAUGCUGGUGGCUUAGAAGUCGUCAGGGCAGAUGGCUCUGUGCAGACCAUGUAUGUGGCAAUGAUCGGGGUGCGUGGAGAUUGGCCCUGGAGUGGUGGAGGAAUGACGAUGCUGCACCGUGGAGGGCUGACCGUCCUGGAGCUGACCCGACUUUUGGCGACUCCGCCUGAUGUCCUGGAGCUGUUAAAGUGGACAAUGCGGGCCAUUGAUGUGUAUUUCCGUGCCAUCAAUGUGAAGGGCCGCCGUUGGAUCCCUGCACCAGAAGCUUCGGAUUUGUGCCAGCACUGUGGCAAGAAUGAGCAGAAGGACGCAUGCCUUUUUGAUCAGCAUCCGCACGACAAGACGUGCGCUGAUGCACUAUCGCCGUGUGGUCAGAACACCAAGCGUCUUGGUGUAUCAAUGGACGUCAUCGCUCGGGGCAUCGCAGGGAAUGAGACUUUGUACCCUAGGUCCUCCAUUUGGGCAGCCGGAGGCAGCUCGGUGGGUGAUGUUCUCUUCAGCCGGGGCCCCCGGGGGGUAAGUGGAAGGUGCCCCAUCCCUCGUCGCAGCGGGUCCUUGGGACACGUUGCGGGAUUCGAGGUGGUGCCACUGGUCCCAGUUGAUGAGGAAACCGGUUUCCAUGAAGGCACGUGGACCGACAGUGGAAAGUGCUGCAAAAAGGCAGUGCUGGGAGCAUUGGCUGUGGCAGCUCUGGGGCUUUUCGGGCUUUGUGUCGGGCAUGUUGCGUACGCCAAGCCGAUUGCCCUGAAUGAGUUGGCUCAGCCGAGUGUCACGAGUGACUUGGGAGCUGCGGGCAUCAAGCAGGACGUUGGAACUUUCGGCGAUGACAUCCUGGAAGACGACUGGCCGGUUCUGAAGAAGGACUGA